AUGAAACAGGUUGCGAUUCCUUUAUAUAUUGUUGAUUACAUUGAACAUUGCUAUCAGUUAAAAAAAUUAUUGAUGCAUGAUAGUAAAAAAUGUCGAUCUGUUAUCUUACUAAAUUUAUUUCAAAUUAUAGAUAUUUUGACAACUUAUAGGUCAUCUAUUAAUUCUAAUAAGGGGAUUAUGUUGGCUAAAUUACCGUCUCUUUACAACUAUCAAAAUAAGAAAAAUUUCAUGCCGUUCGUAUCGAUAACUACAACAUUUUUACUUGAAGAAAUUAAAUUAAUGAUUUACGAUAUAUUGGCACUCGAAGAUUUCCUAGAAGCAAUCAAAGAAAAGGACGAAAUUAGCGUAUGGUUUCACCAAACAACAAAAUCAUGCCAACAGUUUCAGAAGGUGAAACAAUAUGCAGAAUAAAA